GCCAGCAGCGCGGCGGCGGCGGCGGCCUGCGAGCGGGCCCCGCUCCGCACCGCGCUCCGCACCCGGCCCCGCGCUCCGCACCCAGCCCUGCGCUCCGCACCCAGCCCUGCGCUCCGCUCCGCGCUCCGCACCCUGCACCGCGCUCCGGAUCCCGCUCCGCACCUUGCACCGCGCUCCGCACCCAGCACCGCGCUCCGCACCCAGCACCGCGCUCUGCACCGCGCUCCGCACCUUGCACCGCGCUCCGCACCGAGCCCCGCGCUCCGCUCCGCGCUCCGCACCCUGCGCCGCGCUCCGGAUCCCGCUCCGCACCGAGCCCCGCGCUCCGCACUGAGCCCCGCGCUCCGCUCCGCGCUCCGCGCCGCCGCCGCCGCGAUGUCGCAGGUGCUGCCCUACGGCGAGGACAAGCUGGGCGGCUUCGGCGAGGGCUCCGCCGCGGCGCAGCGGCCCUUCGGCUGCCGCCGCCUCGACGCCGCCGCCCUGUUCGCCGGCGGCCAGGGCAAGCGGCCGCCCAAGCUCGGCCAGAUCGGCCGCAGCAAGCGAGUGGUUAUCGAAGACGACAGGAUUGACGACGUGCUGAAAAACCUCUCGGAAAAGCCUCCCCCCGGCGUCUAGUGCCCCCUCUGGGGGCUGCACCCGGCCGGGCCGGGGCGGGGGGAGGAAAGGGAGCGAUGGCACCCGGUCCUGGCAAAAAAAAAGGAGAAGAAAACCUAAAAAAGAAAAGAAAAAAAAUCAUUAAUUAAUUUAUACCCCCCGAUGCGAAAAGAGAAAAAAAA